CCACCAGUACCAUCACCCCCACCACCCCAGCAUGCCCAUGCCAAUGCCCAUGCCCAUGCCAAUGCAGCUACCCAUGCAAAUGCAACCAACAGUGCCAACUGCUGCAGCCAGCGUGCCACAGCCUGCCAUCUACCAGCGAUCGGUAUCUGUUCCGGUGCCGGUAACCGUUCCGGUUGCCAGUAACGGUGACCAGCAGCAGCAGCAGCAACGGUUAUUCGUCGUACACAGCUGCAACAUCAGCAGUCGAUGCCCGUCACUCAAGAGGAGGUGGCCACCACACGCAGGCGUGUGUAUCCCACCCAAUCAAUGACUGAGCUCGUCAAGAACUAUAUAAAACGGGAGACAGCCGUGUUUUUCGGGGUGGACGAGAGUUCAGAGGAGGUGGAGCGAGCCAGAUGGCUGGAGAGGAGGAAGCGGCUGGCCACACGGAAGUAUGGCCAGCUGAGACAGGAGUACCAACUGCCGCUGGCCUCCACUGGGUUGGCGUCCACAGGACAGGCUAGUGGACCCGCUAGUGCUCAGCCGGACGUUCUGCCGACGGGACGCGAUGAGCUGGACAGCAGCAGUCGAGCUGAGUCAGCACAAUUGCGGCGGAAGCCGUCUGUCGCCAAAAUGACGUUUAGUGGAGUCGCCUAUGUCGUUGCUACUUUAAGCAGGCACAAGCCACGCCAAACGUCGCUGAGUCGACAGAUGUCAAGGAGUUAUCCGCCUUCCACCGUUCCACACACGCCCACAUCUCCGCUGGACGAUGAGGUGUUCUUCGACAGAGUGAGCGCCACAGAGCCGCAGACCCAAUUGAACGGUGGUGGGGGUGAAUACGGCAGCAGCGCCCCUGGUGGGGGUGUCGGAAACCAGGACCACCAUCACUCGCAGUGGACUGCCCUCGCCUCCGAUAUACCCGACACGAUAGACGACCCCGGACGCAGGGAUCGGCUUGGCAGCUGGCGUCGCGCCCCGCCCUCGGAGCGCACGCGUGCGUGGGUGAGCAGCGGCAGAGGAGGUGGAGAGGGUGGCGACGGGGGUGUGGAGGGCAAUGGCGGCCAUUUUGGGGCCAGCCGUAUACACGGGCAGAUACUGGAUACGGCCACCGAUAACAGUAAUCGGAGACAGUAUGGCAUGGGUGUUGUGGGACGCUUUUUCGGUCGCUCGCUGAAACGCUCAGUGAUGAAUCGAGAGCCGGUUCGUACGCAACUGGAAGACCUGGAGGAUCACAGACCCUUCUUCACAUACUGGGUGACCACUGUACAGAUACUCAUUCUGCUCAUCUCGCUCUGGUGCUACGGGCUAGGGCCUGUUGGCAUACAUCUCACGCAUCAGUCUGGUCUAGUGCUAGUGACAAGUUUAUCGUUACAACAAGUCGAAUACAUGGAGCCUGCUAAUUUUUGGAUAGGACCAAGAGCGGCGGACUUGAUACACUUGGGCGCGAAGUUUGCGCCGUGCAUGCGAAAGGACGCGAAAAUAAUAAAAGAGAUAGAAAAGGAGAGGGAAAAAGAAAGAGAGACUGCCUGCUGUAUAAGAAAUGACGACUCGGGCUGUGUACAGUCGUCCAAGCAAGACUGCUCUAUAUCCUCUCGGAAUCAACAUCUGCAGGGGCUAAGGCCUACGGAUACAAUAUCAACGUGGAAGAAAUGGUCUGCCGGCGAUCAGGGACCCGGCGGGCGGUUAUCCGGCUCAGUUUGUGGUCUUGAUCCAAAAUACUGUGAAGCACCAGCCUCAAUCCACCCGUAUGAGUGGCCAGAUGACAUCACCAAGUGGCCGAUCUGCCGAAAGUCCUACCCGCCCAGCAGUGGCCUGACGCGGCUCAGCAAUAGUGACAGGCUGGCCGCCGAGCACAUGGUGUGCGAAGUGAUAGGCCAUCCCUGCUGCAUUGGCAUCCACGGUCGCUGCGAGAUCAAGACCAGGGAGUAUUGUGACUUUGUGCACGGAUACUUCCACGAGGAGGCCAGUUUGUGCUCACAGGUGUCUUGCUUGGACAAUGUCUGUGGAAUGAUUCCUUUUUACUCUCCCGAAGUGCCCGACCAGUUCUAUAGACUUUGGACUUCGCUAUUCCUGCAUGCAGGUGUGCUACAUUUGGCAAUCACCCUGGUCAUCCAGUGGUUUCUUAUGCGUGACCUUGAAAAGCUGACCGGCUCACUGCGAAUUAUGAUCAUCUAUAUGGGAUCCGGAGUGGCUGGCAAUUUGGCCAGUGCCAUCUUUGUGCCGUACAGGGCUGAGGUGGGCCCAGCCGGUGGCCAAUUCGGUCUGCUGGCCUGCCUGGUGGUGGAAGUGCUCAACAGCUGGCCGAUGCUCCGGCAUCCACACUCUGCCCUAGCCAAGCUGUUGGCCAUACUAGUGGUGCUGCUGCUAUUCGGCCUGCUGCCCUGGGUCGACAACUUCGCCCACCUCUUCGGAUUCCUGUUCGGGUUCCUGUUGUCCUAUGCGCUGUUGCCGUUCGUCUCGUUCGGUCAUUAUGAUCGCCAGAAGAAGAUAUUCCUCAUCUGGGUAUGUUUGGUGGGCUCAGUGCUGCUACUGCUGCUUCUAGUGCUUCUGUUCUACGUGAUUCCGAUCUACGACUGCGAGGCGUGCAGCUAUCUGACGUGUCUGCCGCUGACGCGGGACCUGUGCGCCACACAGAACAUCAACCUCAAGCCCAGCGGGGGGCGCUGGGGGGCUCAGACGGGGGGGCCGACCCCUCAGGGGGCCAGCAUCCCCCCCACUCUGCGGUAUGACGAAAGGACCGGCGGCGACCCCUGUGCCGCGGGAGGCCCAAUAGGAGCACUGAGUCAUCAUCUACGGUCAUCAUCAAUCAGACAACCAUUGCUAUUUGCUUGAAAAUCGUAGAGUUCACAGCGAAAAGUACGGUUAACACUGCAAGGAUUACGGAAAGCAUCACUGAGAGGGUUAAUCAAAUCACGGCGAGGAGCCCUGAGAUCAGUACGGUCAUCAUCAAUCAGACAACGAUUGGUAUUUGCUUGAAAAAUGUUGGAAUUUCGGUGGAAAUCGUUGAGUUCACAGCGAAAAGGGCGGUUAACACUGCAAGGGUUACGGAAAGCAUCACUGAGAGGGUUAAUCAAAUCACGGCGAGGAGCCCUGAGAUAAGUACGGUCAUGAUCACUGAGAAAAGGAUUGCUAUUUGGUUGGAAAGUAUUGGAAUUUGGCUGGAAAUCGUUGAGUUCACAGCGAAAAGGGCGGUUAACACUGCAAGGGUUACGGAAAGCAUCACUGAGAGGGUUAAAAUCACGGCGAGUAGAAUCAACACAGUAAAAACUGGUAUUUUACUGGUCAUUGGUGUUGCUUUGCCUGUCACCGGUCUCUUACCGUUGAAAAACACGGCGAAAAUCACUGUGAGAAAAAUUAACACUGGUAUCUUGCCAAUCACUGUCAGAAGAAGCUGUAUUGUAAAGUGGUGGAAUGGAAUUUGGUUAGAGAUUAAGAUGAGAAUUUAUGCAGUGCAUUGUUUGAAUAAAAUGUUGCCUGGGAUAAAUGCAGUGAAAGAAACAAUUAGUAUUUGGCCGGUCGUGUUUUAAGAAGCAGUGUGAUGAAGUGGAGGAAUUGGAAGUUUUUUAGGCCCGGUUGCACAACAGCCGGUUAAAUUUUAACCGUGAUUAAUUACACUAGAACCAAUCAGAGAAGGCCUUCUUGAUUAGACGGCGUGUCUGAUUGGCUCUCGUGGAAUUAAUCACGAUUAAAAUUCAACUGGCUGUUGGGCAACCGGCACUUGGAGAUUAAAGCUGGAUUCCCACAUAUCAGUGUCCGGUACAGAGAACAUUUAUUAUUCCCAUACUAUCUUAUGGUAUUAUUCACACUCGCUCGUCCGGGCUGAGUGUGAAUAGACCCAUUAGAACUAAUGGGAAUAAUAUUCUCACUGUAACGGACACGGUUACUGAUAAGUGUGAAUCCGCUUUACUGUUUUGAUGGUUAUCAGUGUUUUAUCAGAGAUCAACUUGCCGGUUGCUGGUGUGUUUCUGGUAGUAAUAAAUUUACAGUCUGCAUUUUGCCACAGUUUAUAUAAAACUCCUGGUGUUUUGCCGGUGAAAAUCAAUGCAGUAAAGUGGCAAAAUUUUGGGUUUCUCAGAUUAGUUCCUUAAUGAAAAAUUGAUUUGCAAUCAAUGGUAAUUAUUCUCUGGUAGAAGUAAAACCGGUUGGAAAUGUUAUGGUAAAAUGAGAAAUUGGUAGGUCGUCAUUUGAUGGAAUGGAAGAUUAGAGAUUAGAAUUGAAAGGAUUGAAAGCAACCAGAAAUUUUCUGGAAAUCUGUUGCACAUUAAAAGAACUGAUCUAAAUGUUUGAAACAGUGAUCAACAAGUGAAUGACAAAUCUCAUAAAAAACUUGUGAUGAAACAUGAUUGACUGGCAGGAAUAGAAAAUCAAACCAGUAUUUUGCUGAAAUUCCAGACAAUUGAAAAAAGCCACCAUAAAAAUUGACAAGUAUUUGAAUGCUACAUACUUUUGUAUAGUUUCAACCCUUAUUUCAUUACGAAUAAGUAAUAUAAAUAUUAUAUCUAGUGCAAUUUCCAUGUCGAUACUGUGAUCUUUUACCCUUCAUUGCGUUAGAAAACGGAUUGUUUGUCGUAUAGUUUCCCUUUUUUAUAUUAUUUACAUAUUUUGACAAAUUUCUAUUAGUUUUACAACCCUUACUUGUUCAAGUUUGUACAAUUAUUUGUAUUUUAUUGUCUAUUGCACAUUUUUAAUAUUGUUGACUACCGUUCUAGUAUUAUAUACUGUACUUAGGCCCGGUUACACAAAGCCGGUCAAAUUUUAACCGUGGUUAAUUUCAUGAGAACUAAUCAGAGAAGCCGUCUUAUGCUUCUCUCAUCGGGUCUCGUGGAAUUAAUCACGAUUAAAAUUUAACCGGCUUUUGUGCAACUGGCACUUGGUGUUGUGUUUUUAUAGGUGAUGAUGAUUUUGUAUUAAAACUAACAUUAGGUUAGGUUAGUUGAGGUUUACGUUGAUUUGGUGGCUUCAGUGUCAAGUCGAGGGUUUCCCCCCCGAGUACUAUAAUAUUUCGCUGAUCUCAGCAGACUGUGUGCGUGUGUGAGUGUUGAAACAAAAAUACUAAAAUCGUCGAACAAAAAUCGAUAACAUGACAAGACUUUGAAUAUUUUUACUAAAGCUGUUAAGAUUGGAUAUUAGCAGUUGCUAUUUUGUGUAGUGAUUAAACCGGUGUACAUUUAACUCAAUAUUAUCACCCUAACUUGCCGAUGUAAUUAAUUAAUAAUUAAAUUAAAAACAAAAAGACAUUAAAGUGAGAAUAAAGACGUGAAUACAACGAUGAUAAAUUUCGCGUCACUGUGGGAGAGUGAGCAUGUAUGCAGUUACAUUCUGAAAGUCUUUCAUCAAAAAACUCUACAGCCAUUCCAUAGAAUGCCGAAUACAUGUGAGAACUAUAUUACAUGGGAAUGACUGUGUGUUAGAUAACAAUGAAAAAAUCACAAAUAAUAACGAACAAAGCAUUAAGUAUGUUCAAGUUUUUCUAUAGAAUUAUUGAGACUGUAUGGGUUUCUAUUAUCCGAGGUUGUAAAUAUUAUACAUACAUAUAAAUAUUAUGUAAUUAUUAAUAAAAUUAAUGUCUCGUGUAAUGAAUAAAAUACUUCACAUGAUAAUGAUGAUAUGCAUAAAACUUUAAACAGAAAAAUCACAAAACAGGAUGUGUUAUCAGUUGUUAUGAUUAUUAAUUAUUAAAAGUAAAAAUGAAACAUAAAGAGGCAACUCAAGGAUGUGAACUGUUUUUAUUUUUGUCACAAAUAAAACUAGAAACUGAGGUUCUAAGUUUAUUUUUGACAAAAAUAAAAAUUUAGGAGUAGGAUUGUAAGGAACUGCAUCUAAGUGUGAACGUAUGUAACAUAUAAGUCAAAGUAAAGCUAACCAAUAAAUACAGUAACCAUUGAUUGUGUGGUAUGGUACAUAUUCUAUAUACUGUUUUAGUAUAUACUUAUUGUGCAUGGUAUGACUGUAUUUGGUUUUUUGGUACUUUUUAUACCAUAAUAAUAUUGUUUAUCUUGUAUCAUAAACGAACGGAGGCUUUGAAGCGUGUCAUGAACUGUGGAUUAUUUCAAGUUAAACUUAGUUUCAAUACUCAUCAUGUAACUUUGAGCUUUUUCAGUAUUUUAGUCUCAUAAAACACUACCUGUAUUAACGAGAAAUGACUACACAAAUCCCGUAAUUUUGUUGAUAAAAUGUACACAAAUUAAUAAUUAAUUUUCAACUUACCGUGAUUUAUUGAUAUAUUCACCUCAUAAUAAUUAUUAUUCAAUUUUUCCGUGUUAGUGUUUGAAAAUAAACCUCAGGGUUAUUCAAAAAUUGUAUAACGAGAAAUGACUACACAAAUCCCGUAAUUUUGUUAAUAAAAUGUACACAAAUUAAUAAUUAAUUUUCAACUUAGGGUUAUUCAAAAAUGUUAUCUCUUUUUGAGACUGACGCUGUGAAAUGCAGUAAUUUCCAAACAUACAACAAAAUUAUGUGCUACAAUAAAAAAAACUAAUUUCUUUAGAAUUAAUCUUAAAAUAACUGUUCAACCAGUCACUUUGAAAAAAGUUGUGAAAUUUUCCUUUCAUUAGAUAAUUUACUUCUGGUAUAAUUUAUUAUAUAUUCUUACAUUUUUUAGUGUAUUUAAAACUGUAAAACUGCCAUUAGAGUAGAUUAUACAUUUUACACGAAACAAAUUCAAUGACUGGUUGUAUACAAACUUCAAUUACCGAUCAAAAAUAAUUGGAGAUCAAUUUUCACAACUUAACGGUGAUUAAAAUUGAUCAGGAUCAAAUUCUGAUCAGUGUUUGACUUCAGACUUUCAACGAUGAUCUCAUAGCUACUUACAAUGAAUUCUGAAGACUUCAAGACCAAAAUUUGAGAACAUUAGUUAAUUUUUCAAACCUUGGGUCAAAUUUUAAAUGUAGAGAAAAACGUUGUUUUCUCUCUCCAUCUGUCUCUAGAGAAACCCAAAACUAAUGGAAAAAAAUAAAUCUCAAUUCUACAUUCCAAAAAUUGUAGACUUGUAGAAGUGAAAAUUGAUUUUUUGUUGCACAAUCUUGAAUUUUUUCGCCAAUUUUGAUGGAAAAAGUAGGUGCAAUCAAAGGAGGUUGAGAAUGAAAGCACAAUAAAAUACACACAAUCAAUAAAAUUAGAUAAGAAAUUGACUUCAAGAACUAGUUUAAUUUGAAUCUUAGUUGUUUUUACUUAUCUGUACUUAAUUUCAUAUAGUAUCUGUGUUCAUUUAGUUUAAUAAUUAUUAAAUAAUGAUUUUUCAUUGACUACUUUAUAAUCAUUUAUUAAGUUUAUUAAUAUUCUUGUGAAUGAACGAUGGAGAACUUUUAUAAAACUGAAUAGUAGCUUUUACAAAAACAUUGAACUGUGUAGCUAAAUGUUUUGUAAGAUAAAAUUGUAAUUAAUUGAAAAUUUCAAAGACAACAAUCGUAAGCUAAAUCAAAUUAAACAUUUUUGAAGACAGUUACCGUACCGUACUUAAUAAUUUCAUUGGUUUUUGUUUCUUGAGAUGGACUUGAUUGAGAAAAUCUAAAAAUAAUAUUGCAUUGAUGAGUAAAACUUUUGAUCAUUUUUAUUCGACUAAUCUUAUAGUGACGAUGGGUUAAUAUUAUAUAAACUAUAUUUAGUUUUAGUUUCAUAACAUCAAUAUUAAACUGAAGCAAGAUACUACAAAUUUCAGUGACAGUGAAUUUUAAAGUAAAGAAAAUUCCCUUAUAUGAAUGAUGAUGAGUAAUGUAUUGAUCGUAUAAUUAGAUUUCAAAUAUUUUGUAACAGUAUUUGGAUUAUUUUGUUUAAAAUCUGCAGUUCUUUGGUAUUGGAAAUUGUAAUGUAUGUAUUUAGAAGGCUGGGUCAGUAACUAGUGAUUGAUAAAAAUGCUGUGGUUAAAAAACGGGGGAGCUACAAAGAUGUUCUCUCAGUGAAAUAAUACAGUUUAAUUUAAAAAUAAAAUCGCAUUUAAAUUUGACGAGGUGAAUAACUAUUCAUUUAUUAUUGUUACAACACUACAUUGCUUCAAGAAGGACAAUUUUCAAUUUGUUAGCUAUACUAAUAACGAAACGUUAAUAAACUACCUACUGAAAAUAAUCGGCAUAUCAUUUUCAAGUGUAUAAAGUUUAGGGCAAAGUUGAAUGAAUGGUGGUCUUGAAAGGUAUCAGUUGAAUUAAAACCGUUUCGUUGAAUCGACUAGUUUCUAGCAACCAUAAAUAGUUGAAUGUUUAAUUAAUGUGAUUAACCACAGCAUAAUCUAGGUUCACAGUCAGUUGUUCUGUUAAGACGCUCUCUCUCUAUCUCUAUCUCUCUCUCUUCUAACUUGCACAGGCCUAUAUAAUUCGUAUGUUUAUAUAAGUGAUAAUUAUAAUUGUCUAUCAUCUCUCUCAGUCUCAUUAACGGGCUGAGAGGCAUUUAUCACUUGAUUUGACUGUCUUUUCAACGUAUUUAAUAACACAUCUGAGAAAUAGUGUAUAAAAUGGUUUGUUUAUUUAUUUGUAAUAUCUAUGGAAAGACCAAAGCCUUAUUAUUGAAAAUAUAUCCAUUGUAACUUA